UUCCUUGGAAGAAGUAAUCAUCAGAUGGUGUCCAAAGAUGGAAUUUUUCACAAAGGGGAAGUUAAGCACACCGAUGCUGCAUGGACUACAAUCAACUAAAGGCAAAUAUGCAGGGCACUGGGAAGGCGACCUUAAUGUUAUCCUUCAACAGUUGUUCAUAGAAAAGGUUUUUCCGAGCUUGGAGGAUUUGGAGCAAUCUUUAAUCAACAAUCAGCGAGUUUGGAAACACAAGCUUUUGUCCACACAUUCUUAUGCCCAAAAUCUAACACGCUUGACUAUCGAGGGCUGUCAUAAUUUGAACUUCAUGUUUUCGUCCUCUAUGGUGAAAAGUUUUGUUCAACUCAAGAUGCUAAAGGUUGAAAAUUGUGAGAAUCUGGAAAAUGUGAUCUCUGCGAAAGGAUUAACGAAAGAAGAAAUGAUGAAUCAGAAAAUGUUCCGUAUUCUACAAUUCCUAUUUCUCAAAGACCUUCCUAAACUGACGAGAUUCUGCCAUGGAAAUUACUUUGAAUUCCCCUUGUUGACAAGUCUUAGUAUCGAAACUUGUCCUACACUGAAAACAUUCAUCUCUGCUGCAGAAGGAAACAACUCAGAGAUUGCCUCUCCAACUCUCUUCGAUGAAAAGGUAAUACUUCAUUAGUUUCUUUUCUCUGCAUCAUUUCUUUCUCUCUUUCAUUAUAUAUUUUCUUUUUUUCCCCCAU